UGUCACUUCUUAAAAUAUACGAGAACUCGGAAGUACGUCAAUUUACGUCAACUUUGAGUGUUUUCGUGGUGAUCCUGACAUUAUGUAUCAUUAUCAUGAAGUACAGUAUGACGGACUAAUUAUUGAUGUCAAAUUGCGAGCCAUUUGAACUAAAAAGGAGGUGAAAAGAUGUGAUCACGACCACAGACCUUGGAAGUAUGAUAUAUCACUAGGAUUAACCUAACCUCAAGGAGGAAGUAAAAGUCCAAUAUAAUGGCAGAUGAUAAAGUUGUCCCACCGUCCAUGUGGAAGAAUAAAUUUCUACAAGCAGAUGCAGCGAAACAGAACUCAGGAACUAACAAUAAUACCUCAAAAUCAUCAAUUACUGCUUUACAGAACAAGUUUGGAGCUCCCCAACCAUCCAAACCUUCUUCAAGCACAAGUUCAGGGAAACAAUCCUUAAGCGCAAGUACAGGGCAACAAUCCUUAAAUACAAGUUCAGGGAAGGUUAACGCAUCAUGGAUAAAAACAAACUCAAAUACUGAAAAUGUAAGUUCAGCGAGUAGCUCUAAAGUCAAUUUUGGAACAAGACCUGCUUUGGGAGUUAAACCUUCUAUUGGUAACAAGCCACCUGUUGUUACAAAAGAUGAAACAUCUGAGAAACCUUCUUGGAUGAAAAAUUUAAAAAGUUCAUCAAGUUCCAAUCUUAUAUCAGCUAAUUCUGCCUCAAAAACUGACUGUGAGAAACCAGUGCCUGACCCACCUUGGAAAAAGAAUUUAUUAAAAAACAAUGAAGAUAAAAUUUUUAAAAGACAAUCAAGUCCCAGUCUUAUUCCAGCCAGUAAGCCAGUAGCUGACCCACCUUGGAAAAAGAAUAUAUUGAAAAACAAUGAAGAGAAAAGUGAGUCAAGGGCAAAACCUAAUAAUGAGGGUAUGGUCGUCCCUAGUCAAGAAACAAAUCAAAAUAACAAGGCACCUUGGGUCAAAUCAAAGCCCUCUCUUGCUGCAGAUAAGCCAGUAGCUCCAAAUAAACCAACUAUUCAACAGAAUGUGAACUCAAAGAUUACAGAUGGAAAACAUAAUAUUUCAGUUGAAACAUCUACAAAGACAGAAACUCAGAAGCCUUCUUGGAUGAAACCUAAGGAGAGCAUUGUUGAUUGUAAAAAAUCUCCUACUCCUGCCAAACGUAACUUAAAGAACCAAACUCCUAAAUCUCAGUCCUCUUCUUCUGUUGGUGAUCUCCCAAAGACAACUAGCUCUAUAAAUUCUCAGUCUAAACCAAGUAUUGCUCAGAAACCCUCUAUUGACAGUACAGUACCGCCAAAUAAUGGAGAAAAGGCAUUUGGAGUAAAGUUAAGACCAUCUGGGAAUGCUAAGCAGCAGCCGCAGUUACAUGAUAAACAUACACAUUCUAGUCCAACACAUAAAUCUGGUCCAGAAACAACCAUGUCACAAAUUGAUAAUCAACCUAAACCCAUAGCUAAACCCAGGUAUUCUGGUCCUGUGGAACCAUGCACAGACAAAUCAAAAGGAUGGGAUCAAAACACGUCUACCCUUGCCCGAGUUGGAUUCAAACUGUCUGAUAUUAAAAAUGUAUUAGAAAUAUCUGAUAUAAAGGGUGGCCCAUUAGGGGAAAAAGUAGGGUUGAAAAAGAAGGCCAGUUUUAAAACUAAGCGACCUAUGAUUGUGCCAAGAGUAAAGAAGGCUGUCAGCAAGGAACACUCUGCUGAUGAUAGGAAUAAAAUGGAUGAUGUUGUUGCUGAAGAUAGUGAAGAUGAUGAGGAAUAUGAGGAUGUCCUCGUCCCAGCACAAGCAAGUGAGAAGGUGGACCAAUCUGAAGAUGAAGGCUGGACUGAUGGGGAAUCAUCCCCUCAAGCUCCUCCUAGACCCUUGCAAAAACUCAAGAGGAAAUCCUCCAAGCAGAGGCACAGUGACAAGGCCUCCUCAUCAAGGCGUGCAGGUACACCAAAGGCUAGGUUCCGCUCUAAUCCUGAGCUCGCAAAUAGGCCACAGAGUGAUUUUGACAGUAUUGACUAUGAGGAUGUCACUUUCCUGCGCAAGGAUGAACAAGAAGAUCAUUGGGAAACAGAUGAAGACGAUGGCUAUGAAGAAAUUCCCGAUGAAGUUCAGACAACUGUUGAGAAACCAUCCAUAUUCAAGAAAUCUCUCCCACCUAUACCCACCUCUGCAAAAAUAAAAGCCAAAAUUAAAAAAGCAAUUAAAUCAACAUUGUCCAGCUCAAAAUCUGACUCAAAUUUGAAUAAACUGGGCACAUCACACCCUGGUAAACCUAGUCGGUCAAUACUUCAUCAUGCUGCUACAGAAAGUGCACUUUCUAUACCAAAAACAAAAUCACCAUCUGAUUCUCCUAAACUACCACCAAGAAAGGCUCACUCCCCCAUGUCUACGCCUCCUCCAAGAAGGCCCCCUAGAAAGCAAGCCAUCAGUGAAGGUGAGAAGGUUCCCAUUGGUGCAAUGGAUGUUAACACGAGUGGAGCUGAUAUUUCCAUAAAGGAAAAGAAGAAACAAAAUGCGAUAUCAGAAGUGAACAUUACUGAUGGAAGUAACCCUAUAAGACAAGGACAUAUUGGUCCAGGAUUGGAGAAAUCUAAGGAGCAGAGAAAGCUUUCCAAGUCUAUGGAAGGUCUCAAUAUGACAGAUGGACAGGAGAGACCACCCCCACCCUUACCCAGGAGAGACACUGGUUUGGAUGUUGUUAUACCCCCUCCCUCUGCUGCCUCUAUCACUCGAGAGGAUGGCUACAUUGAGCCAGAUAAUCCAGGGCCUAAAGCACCAGGAAGUGUUGGGGACAGAGUCAGUUCUAGCUACCUACCCAUGGACUCCAAACAAAACACCAUGUCUGGUACAAAUACUCUUACACCAGCCUAUUUAAGCCUAGUGGCUGAUGGAGAGAAAUCAGACACUGGAAGUGGAAAAUCUACUCUUGAGCCUUUCAACUUUUCUGAUAUGUGGGGCAAUAGACCGGAGAGUGCGCUUAGCAGUGAUAGCUAUGAGGAAAUGGAUGAUGAAAUGCAGAUGCUCAGAUCCAAUAGGUUUAGCUCAAGGUUUAUAGAUGAACCGCUCUACCAGGUGUGGCACAGUGACUUUAACCAUAGGCAGUCGAUAGAGCAGAAGCUACAAGCGGAUAUAGAUGAGGAUGAGGAAGAGAAUAUAUAUGACACUUAUGACAUCAAAGAUGGUGAAAUAUAUGAUGAUGCCGCAUCAUUCAAGCCCUCGCAGUCUUUCAAAGAGGAGCCUGAUGAACCAGGGACCACUGAUUAUAGCUUAGAAACUGCCACUUCUGCUGUAUCACCUACGUCCCCAACAUUUAAAGGAAUGCGUACACUGUGGUGUGAGUUGCCUGAGGUUAUACAGAGUGGAGUUCUGGACUCAAUGGCACCUAGUCAGAAGAAAAUACAAGAGGCAAUGUUUGAAGUGAUCACUUCAGAGGCCUCCUAUGUUAAAAGUCUCAACCUAAUGGUGAAUCACUUCUUCCUGGCAAGUGAGCUGACAGAUAGACCUGGCUGCCGCUCCUGUCUUGAGAAAAGAGACAAACAUUUCCUAUUUUCCAAUGUUUUGGCAGUUAGAGAAGUCAGUGAGAGGUUCCUUGCUGCCUUAGAGGCUAGAUGGAGGGAAAACAUAGUCAUAUCUGACAUUUGUGACAUUGUCACCAAGUUCGCUGAAAACACCUUUGAUGUCUACAUCAAGUACUGCAGUAAUCAAGUCUAUCAGGACAGAACUCUCAAAAAAAUAACUUCAGACAAUCUCAUGUUCAAAGAGAUUAUCGACAAACUAGAAAAACAUAAAUCAUGUUUGGGUCUCUCUCUGCAUUCAUUCCUGAUCCUACCAAUGCAACGUAUAACCCGCCUACCUCUCCUGAUUGAUGCAAUAUGUCAUAGACUUGAGCCUAAAACUGACAAACAUGACUCUGCCAUGUCUGCCCUCCAAGCGCUGAAUUCAGUUGUGAAACAGUGCAAUGAAGGUGCAAGGAACAUGGAGAGGGUGGAACAAAUGGUUCAUCUUGACAAACAAUUAGACUUUGACAAAUUAAAGAAAAAGAUUCCAUUGAUUUCCACAUCAAGGUACCUCGUGAAACAAGGACCCCUUCAACGCAUCGUAAACAAUAGUUCCAGCAUCCCUGUGUUUGGCAAAAAAGGCCCCAGCAAACAGCAACUGUUUCUCUUUGUCUUCAAUGACAUCAUUGUUAUCACUAAAAAGAAGAGUGAAGAACGAUACAGUGUGAUAGACUACACUUCCCGCAUCAACCUGCAUACAGAACUAGUAGACGAUGAUCUCAAUACACCUGUGCCUGUAGGAUGUAAGAACCUGUUUCUCCUCGUGCUACUUGAGAACUUUGAAAACAAGCAUGUCGAAUUCCUACUUGCAUGCGAAUCACCGAGUGAGAGGACCAGAUGGGUUGAAGCACUGACCCCUGCUGCUCAGGAAAAUGAUGAUGAGAAGAUAUAUGAGGCCUGGGACUGUCCCCAGGUGCAAGUGGUGCAUGCUUACACAUCAGAACAACCAGAUGAGCUGACACUGGAGGAGUCUGACAUCAUCAAUGUGACGAGGAAGAUGGCAGAUGGUUGGUAUGAGGGAGAGAGGAUGCGAGAUGGGGAGAAAGGAUGGUUUCCCUCAACCUACACAGUAGAGAUCCACAAUGCUCACGCUAGAGCCAGGAAUUUACGUCAGAGAUAUAGACUCCUAGCUCUGUCUCGGCAGUACCUAGACCAACAUUAAGUCACCACAAAGAGAUUUGGCAAUAUGUGCUGAACCAUGAAUCGCCACAUAGAAAUUUGGCAAUAUGUGCUGAACCAUGAAUCGCAGCAUAGAAAUUUGCAAUUUACAUAUCAAUUGAAUAGCCACAUAUAAAUUUGCAGUUUACAUAUCAAUUGAAUCACCACAUAUAAAUUUGCAAUUUAUAUAUUAAUUGAGCCACCAUAUAUAUAUACACACGCAUAGUAGUUAUAAACAACCACAGUUAUGUAUUAUUGCAGUUAUGUACAUAUAAACUAAGAACUGAGUCACCACAUAUUACAUUAACCAGCAGUAUAUUGUGUUCAGAUGUGAACAUUCAACUUAUAAGGGACCAAGUUGCAUUGAUAGGAUCAGGAAUGGAUGCAGAAUAAGUCAAUAUGUUUAUGCUCAAAUAAUAAUCAACUUUGGUUGUCACUCUUCCCUACCACAUGACCACAUUUAAAAGGGAUACAGGCUUCAAUGAAGUUGCAAAUGGAGGGGGUAUUCUCUGUCCUUGUCUCCAGGACUUUUCUUGUAAUAAUACAUUGCAAACUGCUCGAUGAAUGUAUACAAUGUAAAGUAGAACACUUGGAAUAUAUG